AACAUUGCCAAGUAUAUAUUCGAACAUUGGACUAGAACUUUCUUUUCUGAUGAAUUACAAAAUAAAGAACCAUAUAUAUUGGCUAAGUUAACUUGGUUAGAUAUUGGCAAACAAAUGCAUACAUGGCACAAAAAUUUGCUACUAAAUCUUGAAAGACCCUUACAAAAUAUAAUAUUACAUUACUAUGAAUACAAAGCUGAGGAAUGGGCUAUAUAG